CUUCAGAUGCAUUUGGUCCGCACGUUACAAACAGAGUUUAAUUUCACAAUUAGUCUUUGUCAAAUAUAUUAAGUUGUACUAAAUUCCCGUGAAAAUCAUUAAGAGGCCUCUCCCAAGAUGUUCACGCCCAACACGAACGCUCCCAUUGGAGGCGCAACUACAGCUGGCGCCUUUGCUUUUGGCGCGCGACCGGCGACCACGACUGCUCCUCCUCCUUCCUUUGGUGCGGCGACCGCCACCACGUCCUUUGGAGCUGCUCCUGCUGCCACCUCCUUGUUUGCAGCUCCUGCGGCCACGCCUGCCUUUGGGACACCAGCUGCGACGCCCGCUUUUGGAGGAGCACCAGGUGCAGCGCCUGCCUUUGGAGUAGCUCCCUCUGCUACGCCUGCCUUCGGAGCACCUCCUGCUGCAGUUCCCGCAUUUGGAGCACCAGCCGCAACUACGGGCUUUGGCGCACCAGCUGCCACUCCGGCCUUUGGGGCACCAGCUGCCACUCCGGCCUUUGGGGCACCAGCUUCCUCGCAAGCGCCGGCCUUUGGAACACCUGCACCCGCCGUGGGCACUGUGGCCCCCACUUUCUCCUUUGCCACUCCAGCCACUAGUGCCCCGACCACAGCUCCGCCUGCUUUUGGAUUUGGUACCACAGCCACUACGGCUGCAGCUACGAUGCCAGCAUCCCUGGGCUCCGGCAUUGGAAGCUUCGCGUUUGCCAAGCCCCAGGCCACAACAGCGGCCAGUUUGAACUUCAGUACCAACACGACGACGGCUACGGCACAGCCCUUAAAUACGGGUCUGAAACUGGGAACCACCAACGCGAUGACGGCCCUCGGGGGAGGUGGAAUCUUUGGCAAGCCUGCGGGACAGGGAGCAGCCCCGCCAGCCUCGACUUUUGUGGGUCUUGGCGGGAUUGAUGUGAGUGCCACGCAGCCCAAGUUGGGGGAUAACAAACAGGAUGGCAUUAAGAUCAAAGAAACCCAAGUCCCAGACGAGAUAGUCAAAACAGUGGAUGCCUUGAAAGCGUACAUCAAGCAGCAAAAGACGAUUUCCUCCGAUAUUGGCAGGACUUCCACGUCCAAGUUCACCAAUGUGAGCCACGAGAUCGCCAACUUGAAGUGGGCUCUGCAGAAUAUGGCCAACUCAGUGGAGGGAAACAAUCAGCAGAUCCGGCUGAUGCGCCAGGAGACGGCCAAGGCGAUCCAAUCGCUGGAGAUGGCCCAGCGCACACAGGACACACCCGCUGGCUUGCAGUUCGAGCACAGUGCUCCCUUCCAGUACUUUCAGUGCCUGGUGGCCAAGUACGAGCAGGAUUUGAUUGCCUUUCGCCAGCAGAUUGCCCUGACCGAACGCCACAUGCACGCGCUGUCCAAUCCGCAGAGCAUUUCGCCUGAGGAUCUAAAGCGUGGCUUCCGCCAGCUAAACGAAAGCUUCAUCUCGCUGGCGGGCCGGCUGCACGAGUUGCACCAGCGGGUGGAGGAGCAGAAGGAGCACUACCUGAACCUAAGGCGCUAUCGAUUGCGCGAUGCCACUAACGUUUUUGAGCGGAUCGACAACCCUCCGCUGCCGUCGGUGGAACCCCAAAGGAUUAGCAGCGGUCCAACGCCCUUCUCCAACAUCUCGGCUUUUAUGAAUAAGUCUUAUGCAGCGGGGGCCAAUUCCGCCAGCAAUGCGACAGCCAAAUGAGAUAGAAUUGAUUUCCAGUUUGAAUAAAUCAUUAAUUACAAGACA